AUGUUAAUCAAGUCUCUAAUCGGGUUUACCCUCGCGGCGGCAUCUAGUGCCGCUGUAUUAGAGCGUAGAGCCGGAUGCAAUGCAGAUAACUGCCUUCGCGCUCUACGUGCCACUCAAAUUGCCGGAAGACUUGAAGCGGCUUCCUCGGCAUGCAAUUCCUUUUGGGUCAGCACUGUUACUCCUUCCCUGUUUACUGUGACCGAAACCGUGGUAUCCUCCACGACUUUGAUUUCGGAGUCAUAUACGACCGAGACCAACACCGCCAGUGAAACAAUCACGUCGACGGUCUUCGAGGUCACAGCAGUCUCGGGCCCUCCAACAUCUACAAGAACAGUUUUUACGCAAAUUGCCUUUCCUGCCAAAGUUAAACGGUUUACAACGGCUACAGAUGCAUUCCCUUCUUGGGCCUCCGCCUGUUCCGGGGCGGUCCGUUUUACUAGUGCAUGCUCCUGCAUUGGUGUCACAACCGCUGUUACCGUUACCGCUCCCACCCCAACAACAACUGUCACAAGCACGUCCAUAGCUUCUUCCUCCAUUACCAACACUCUGACCGAAACAGAUACCACUACUCUGACGUCUACCGAGACCGUGACAUCUGUUACGUCUACACAAACAAUCGGCAGUGUAGCAACUGCUUAUGCAAACCAAUUCAAGCUCCAAGUCCUCUGGACCCAAACAGGGGUGCUAAGAUACGUUAAAAUUUCAUAUGUGAAUGGAGUGAAUUGGCUGGUCCCCGUUGAUGGUUUCGAAAAUGGUUCAAUCUUCUCCCUUGAUAAUUCCGGUGCUCUAUUCUCACCACUUCCUGACGGAUCCGGAGCAUACGGGUCUGUAUAUGCCGUGAUCCCGUCCUCGUCGAGCAACUCGGUAACCCUCAGAGCCGGCUCAUCCGUCCCUUCUGGUUCUACGAAAUUAAUUUGCUCUAUUGCGGCUAUUGAUGCCGCCACUACCUGCGCCAUAGGUACAGUCGAAGGGUUCAGUCCAGCUCGUUGGUCUGCGAACACUUCCAAUCUUGCCUUGAAUAGGUCUACGCAAACAACUUAUAACACUGUGAAAGCUGUUCCAAUAUAA